AUGCGCUGUCUACCCCGCUGGGCGACGAGUGAGCUGCGAACCGGGGUCGUACUAGACCAGCAUGCAGCCAGACCACUGCGUCAUACGAACCCCAGACGAGCCUUCAGUUCCACUUCCUCAGCAAGAGCGGCCCUCGCGCAACACCCGCCGACGAAGCAGUCAGUGCUUGUCGCGUACCCGUCUCCAGAUUCCAUGGAGGAGAAUGACGAAGACGCGGAUGAGCCGGACGUGGACUUCGUACCGCCGGAGGAGGCGCAGCUGGAGAUCACCGACAGGGCUGCAGAGCAACUUCGCUCAUUAGCAAAUCGCGAGCAGAGCCCAAACGCGGCAUUGCGAAUAGCGGUGGAGAGUGGUGGCUGUCACGGGUAUCAGUACAAACUAGAGCUCGCGAAGAAGCGUCAAGCAGACGACUACCAUUUCUCCCAUCCUACGGUGAAGCCUUCGAAUAUCUACGUCGACGCCGUGUCCAUGACGCUGCUGAAGGGUUCCAUCAUCGACUUCGCUACGGAGCUGAUCGGUAGUAGUUUCCGGGUGGUAGAAAACCCACAGGCGAAGGGAGGCAGCUGUGGCUGCGGCGUAAGCUGGGAGCUUAAGAUCUAG